AUGGCGUCAACUUCCGAUGUGCACGGUUCCUCUCCCGUUCCGACGAUGCCCCAACCAAAUGACAACGGCCGCGCACACAUGUCCUCCCUUUCCUCAUCGUCUUCUAUCUCCGACGCAGAAACCGAACGCCGCGGUCGUUCUGAACGUCCACGUAUGGCCAGUCGGAAACCCAGUGCCUCCAUACUAGUUCCACGAGACCAUCCUGAAAUUGAAAUUGAAGAAGAAGAAUUUCCCCCGGAUGACGCACGUGCGAUGAGUCCCCGACGUAACUCUGCUGAUCUGGAGCGGCUGGGAAAGGAGGCCAGGCAGACCUUGCAGGAACAAGCAAAGGCGCUGCAGUCGUCCCUUCAAGCACUCGCCGAACGUAUUGAAGCAGUGAAAUCGGACCACGACAAACUCGAAAGUGAAAACAAAUUCUUGCAGGACUACAUUGGUGGAUUGACCCGAAACAUGACCAAGAGUGAAAUGACGAGAUCCAGCACCAAGGUCAGAAAGUCGCAAAAAUAG